UCUGGUGCAGUGUGGAACACUUUUGUUCUGUCAGCAUUAUGAGGGUUGAGAGGAGGGGAGGGGGCAUAUGAGACUCUGGGUUCAUAUAAUUUGUCUUUUUGUCUAUCCUCCCUUCCUCCCUUCCCCUUUUCCUAACCCCUCCUUCCAAUGAUUGCACAAUUCCGACUGAAAACGCUUCCGCAUAGGAUACUUCUGUCACCUAUCAGGCCUUCCACCUCCCUCCUCUCUCCUCGGUCUCACCUCCUCUGUUUGCAAUUAGAUAAAUGAGACAUCCUUAAUGACCUCGAGCUUUGAACGAUUUCUGGGGCACGAGCUGAAGGACCGAGGAGAGAGGCUGUGUGCAAAUAGACCUUUGAGAUGAGCCCUCUGCAAAUUCUCUCCUCCUUCCUCUCCCCAUUUUGUAGUGGCCAGUGUCCUGGUUUGUGAUUAGGUUGCCAUGGGGAGGGCACUCCUGCUCUUGGGUUUCUGUGUCAGUGCUCCUCUUACCCCCUUGGGAGAAGCAGAGAUCCACACACACACACACAUGGACAGAAGUGUAGGUAUACACAUACACACAAAAUAGUGAGAUCCACACAAAGCAAGACGAAGGCAAAGGAAGAGUGGCCAGAAACAGAAAUUACAUAGAAAAUUAAGAGAAAAACAUCUUUUAACAGCCUGAAGAUGAGAAGCCUCCUGACCACACAGAACCAGAAUUGUUACCGUGAGCUGAUCAUGAAGGAGGCCUACACCAGGCUAGCAUGGAAAAUGAGAUACGGGCAGGACUAUCCGAGGAGCUUCACUUCUCAUCGGGCAAGGCAGGGCCUUCCUCAGCUGACUGUCCCCAAACCCGUCCUGCCUCCUUUGGUCAGCCUGCCUGAGAGGAAGCGAGUGCCCUCCCCUAAAGUGAAGCCGCCCCUCAGCGAGGCCCCACUGAUGCGGCCUAUUACACCUGAAACCAGGGAUGCACUAUACCAGGGCUUCUCCAAAGAGGGGAAGGGCCGCCACCUAUACCUGCGGCAUCGUGUACUGAAGGGUCCAGAUGAGAGGUUUGACUACCCUAUACUGUCCUCCUGGGAGUACGGCUGGAGACUUGGUGACUAUGAACAAAUAUACAGAUCACCAGCUAAUGGGAGGUCGGGGAUUGUAAGGAGCACGUUUUAUGCCAGGAAUGGAAUUUUUAAUGUCCCCAUGGCAACAGAUCGUCUGGGAUAA